GUGCCAGCGAGGGGCUAAGGGAGUGAAGGGUUUUCUGUGGCAUCUGUGGUGUGACUGCUGUUUUCGGUGUGCCUGCAGUGGCGUGGUUCGCGUUUGACCCGACCUCAGCGCACCGGGACAUCGUGCUGUCCAACGACAACCAGACGGUGAGCUGCAACAGCUACGACGACCGCGUGGUCAUGGGAACGGCCGCCUUCUCCAAGGGCACGCACUACUGGGAGCUGAACAUCGACCGCUAUGACAACCACCCGGAUCCGGCGUUUGGUGUGGCAAGGAUCAACACCACGAAGGACAUGAUGCUGGGCAAGGAUGACAAGGCCUGGGCCAUGUAUGUGGACAACAACCGCUCCUGGUUCAUGCACAACAACUCACACACCAACAGAGCUGAGGGGGGCAUCAGUAAGGGCUCCACAGUAGGCAUUCUCCUGGACCUGAACAAGCACUCCCUCACCUUCUUCGUCAACAAGGAGCAGCAUGGGCCAAUGGCCUUUGAGAACCUGGAGGGUGUCUUCAUGCCCGCGGUCAGCCUCAACCGGAAUGUCCAGGUGACCCUUAUAACUGGCUUGGAGGUGCCAAAGAAUAUUAAACAGUGACCCUCCAAUGUGUCCAGAUCAAUGUUAACCUGAAACACUCUGCAUCUUGAAACCGUACGUACAAUCCAGUGCUGAGUUUACAACCGCAUCUUGCCACAGGGUGCCAUAAAAUAGGUGAAUCAGUGCACCUGGAUCCCAUUAGAGCACAGAAUCUUAGAAAGUGAGUCAUGAAGUGCCCUAAGCUCCAUUCACUCGACUACUCUAAAACUCAGGUUUGUUUUUAUUACACUGAUAUUGUGUGUCUCCCGUUUACUGAGAAUAGGGGACAUUUUGGAGUUGUGUUUUUUUUCUUUUGGGGGGGAGCAUGUGGGUCAGUCAGCCAGUCUAUAGUCACUCAUUUGCACAAGGCAGUUGCCCUAUUAAUCAACUGUGCCAAUCAAUCAGGAUAUUUUCUGGUUCAAAGGGAAAACAAGCAAAGACUUACCCGUACUGUAAUCUUCCUUUGUCCCCCAAAGGCAGUCAUGUUUGGAAGGACUGAUGGGAAGCUGCUUAAUAUAUGAUAUACGGAAUUAGUUUUUCUGUCCCAGAAUAUUUCAAACUCACAAGGGAUCUUGCUGCUGCUCAGUUGAGGUUUCCAAUGCUACAGAUUUCUAGCCAUUCUGCCAGCCAUCAGUAAUCUGUGUGCCAGCAUUUACACUAAAUGUCCACGUUCACUGUGACACUGGGCGUGUAGUUUAGAAGUGGAACAUUCCAGCUGGAUUUUGGUUAAGGGGAUUUCAGACAAUGGAUCUACCUUAACCCGUGUUAUUUUCCAACUAAACUGAAUGUUCCUAUGCCAUGUUGAUUUAAUUUGAUGUAUUAUUUUUAUUUGAUUUUCUGUGUGAAUCGGUGUGUGGGUAUGCAUCUCCAUGUUAUUGAGAGUGAAAGCCAUAGAGUCAGUAUAUUGUAAAGCUGGGCAACUGUGUUUGCAUGUCAUACUGCUGUAAAUAUCAACACGAAUGAUGAGGACAAGUGCCACGCAUGAUGUACUAAUGGCCUGAAGUAAAAAGAGGAAUAAUACUUUUGUAAAUAGUGUAAUGAGAGUGGCAGUUCGCCCCCUGGAGUUGAAAAUAAGAACAACAGGACCUACCUUCCCUCAGUACAGCUUGAAAGCAAGGGCCAAUUGAUGAUGAUUGAUGGUGAUGGUGAUGAUGACGAUAAUGGAUUCACUAUUUAAUAACUACAUGUGCAACACAGAACUAGUAUGUCAUGUACUUAUAAUACACUAUGGAGUUCAUAAAUCUAGGUUCAUUAUAUGUAAGGCAGAAUGACAGGGUUGGUCAUUCUCUGUGGAUUCAUUUAUUCAUACCACUACCUAGUACAGGUUGUAGUUGCCUGUAUUUGAGUUAAGAUCAUUUUAAUGUAAUUUCAAAUUUAAUUUACCAUUCUGAAAGUCUUUAAUAUAUAUUUUUUGUAAAUAGCUUUUUGGGGAGUUUACUUCACUCCCAGAAGGAGGAAUUAUUAUCAGAUUAACAAAAUUACUAUAAACCAUUACUGUUCUUUGAUAUUAUUAUUACAUUAUUCAGUCAAGAGAGUAUGCUGGAGAAAUAUAUAUAUCUAUUGUUUGUGUUGUCAGUAAUCCAAAGUGAAAUAGGAUUCUUGAGGAUAAAGCAUGCCAAAGUUUGCUCUCGUUUUUAGAGACCUGCACAGUCAUUUUGCAGUGGAGGAAGCAAGGCUAGUGUUCUUCUUUAGUGACUGUCCCGAGAACUCAGUGCUCCCAGGGUCUCCUCUGCAUCCUCCCAAACUGUCCAUAUUUUCAAUGACUGACAGCUGUCAUUUUUCUAUUUGUUGUAUCCUUCAAAUGACUGAGUGUGAUUAUGGAAAUGAGUGUGAGAGAAGAGUGAGAGAGAGAGAGAGAGAGAGAGAGAGAGAGAGAGAGAGAUGAUACAUGGUGAGUUGUAUUUUCAGCAACAGAAAUGUUUCUUCUGAGAGAGAGAGGGAGCAAUGUUCUUUGAUAAAAAUGUGAUCAUGAGGCUAUCAAGUUGUUUAGAGUAGAAUCAUACUUGCCUAUGGAAUUACAUGUGUAAACUUCAAAUGUGGAUGUGACCAUUCCCUUUGUUAACAGACUCUGCAAGAGUCUAUUUGAACAUGGUACUGUGGCCAAACUGAUAAUUCACCAUCUGUGGAUCACGUGUGAAAAACAGAACACACCAAUGCUUCAUAAUACAGCUACAGGAGUAUUCCUCCAGUCUAGCCCUGAAGAUUACUGGUUUGGGUUUUUUAUAAAGCUGUUUCACUGUAAACAAUCUCUUGCCAUGUCAUUUGCUGGCAUGAAAGUGACUUUCAGGUGAGGGGACACUUAAGUCGACAGGGUGAGCCCUAAACUACGAUACUAUACUUGACUACAAAUAAGUGCUUCAGAUGAUUUUUCCUAGGAUAGCAGCAUUUGUCGUAACACUGGUUUGAAUAGCUCGUCAAACUUCAAAAUCUAUCGCAUUGUGACAUUAGAUGAAUCAUUAAACGAGAACAUCUUUCUCACUGCCAAGUUAAUGAGAUCCCUGAUAAAGAAAGCACACAUUCCACCCUCUUCUCACACAAAGGGGCUCAUUCUGCCUCUCACGACUCACUGUUCGACCACACCAGCUAGAGAGCAAGCACACUCUCAAACACUUUUGAUGCAGGGAGAGAGAGCAGAGUCUGCUGGGAGUUGUAGUUGUGCACUUAGUAACUGAUCUUAAAUGUCAUGUGGUGGCUUGUCUGGCAUGUGAUUUAACACACCCUUUGACAUGAUUACAUGGUAGCUUGCUUCUGAAUGUGAAACGUAAAAACACCUAAUAGCUCAAUAAAAUUGUACAAUUGCAAAAACUGAAAAUAGCACUAAAAAUGUGCCAUAGACACGAAGCAUUUAAAAAUAUAUAUAUUUAUUCAUUUUUAUACUCUAUAUAUGUUGUUUUGUCUUUUAGAGACACAACCCCUUCACCAGGUAGUUAUGCCACAGUAUCAGACCCAGCCUCAGCAGAGGACAAUAAAACAGAAAGAAGAAGCACACUGCCACGUGAGGACGUGUACCAUGGCCGUGUGCCAUGACUCCCCCACAAUUAGGCUGAGUACAGUGAACAGGCCCCCCUGGGGAAUGUCAGCGUCUCCUUCACGCGUCUACGUGUCUCUGGUGCCUAUGGCGGCGCUGUAUGUAUAUGCGUCUCAAACUGUGCGUCCGCUGCAGCUAGAUGUGCCCUCU